UACUGAUGGAUAUAAAUACGAAGAGGAAGAAACUAAUCGCACCCUAUUUGAUACAAAGUAAAUGCGCACAGUUAAACCUUAGUUGCAAGUGACUGAAGAAAAGAAAACAACAACAGAAAUAUAAAGAUGAAACAAUUUACCCAUAUUGUAGGGGCUUUAAUUGUUUUAACAUUUUUAUAUGGUGGUUGUUACGGAUAUAUCAAUGUACAAGGAGACAUUAUGGUGGCCGGUCUGUUUGGAGUAUUUGAACGUAGCGGACAAACUUGUAGCACGGACGUUGAUAUUGAUUCGGUAAUGACUGUUGAAGCUGUAAAAUGGUAUAUUGAAAAACUGAAUGAGGUGGGAAAUUUGCCUAUUAAUAUAGGUUUAGAAUCAUUUGAAACAUGCCAGGUAGACGAUAUAGCCGCUGAGAAAGCUGUUGAAAUUCUGAACAGGGAUUCAAGCAAUGGAACAGUUAUAGGUAGGAGAUUAACCAAAUACAUGUCCACAAUAUGUGAGAUAAUUUCCCUUAUAACUGUACAUGUAAAUCACGUAUCACUGAAUAAUUACCUUCCACAUCAGCAUUUAGCAAGGACAAACUAUAUAUAUGCAGUUGAAUAG